AUGUUGAACACUGGCAACCCUGAGCUUCCUCAAAAAUCCCAAGAUGAAAACAAGUUCUUCUCUAGGCUUCUGUCCAAGGAAAGCUCCAUAGCCAAUCCAUCUUUCAAGGUCUACUAUGGAGGCCUGGCUGGUAGUGUUCCAUUCAUCUGGGAAUCUCAGCCUGGCACCCCAAAACACACAUUUAGUGAUGACCCAAUUCCUCCUCUCACUCCUCCUCCUUCGUACUAUUCAAAUUCCUUCCAAAAACCAACCAAAAAGCACUCAAGAUCCAAUCUUUUACACACCCUUUUCCCAAAAAUAAGCCUCAAGAAAAACCAUGUACCAUCUUCUCCUUCUUCAUCGUUGUUUUCGUCAUCAGAUUCAUCUAUGCAUGUGCCAGUGAGCACAAGGAAGUUCCAUGGAAGGAGGAGCCGGUUUUCGAGCAGAAGCUCAUCUUUUGACUCCAUGGGAGACUUUGAGGAGGAGGAGGACGCUGGCUCGCCUACUUCAACAUUGUGCUUUCGAUUCAGCAGAGUGACCAGUGGAGGCAACAGAGGCUGCCAUCAAUUUUAA